CUGUGCAUGUCCGGAGCAAGGGACAAGAGCGUGGCUGUCUGCAGCUGGAGGUCCGGGGCUGUGCUGCAGCGGUUCACAGGCCACCAGCGGGAGAUCACCAAGGGAAGUGGCAUGGAGUGGUUGCAUCUGGGCUAAACAGGGCUCCAGGAGGCUUGGACGUGCUCUCCCUGCCAAGAGACUACUUAGCAGCAGCUCAGGAUGAAUUCCUAGGUCAAGUUUUUGAUCCAGAGAUGCUGUUCUCUUGUAGCAGGCCUCAUUCCACGAGACUCAUCGUUAUUCUUGGGUUUUAUUCUUAAUGGAGAGGGGCUUUGGCCAAGGGCCUGUAGGGCCAGGCCAAGGGGAAUGGCUUUAACCUGCCCGAGGGGAGACUGAGAUGAGCUCUUAGGCAGAAGCUCUUCCCUGUGAGGGUGCUGAGGCGCUGGCACAGGGUGCCCAGAGAAGCUGUGGCUGCCCCAUCCCUGGCAGUGUUCAAGGCCAGGUUGGACACAGGGGCUUGAAGCAACUUGAGAGAAUGGGGGUCCUGGGAGGCUGCUGCCUGAUGCUCCCCACCAUAACCUGCAUGGUCACAGCAGGGGCUGCACUGGGGCUGAGCGGUUCCCCUGCUCCCACUGUGUCGGGGUUUGCCUGUGCCAGCAUCCGGCAGAGCAGAAGGCAGCAGGAGGCUCAGCGUGAACAGUCGGGCACGUGCACAUCAGCACGGGCAGAGCAGGGGUUGAAGGUCGGGCUCUCCCCAGUUGUGUCUCUGCACAUCUCAGGCUCUGCCGCGGCCGCAGCAGGGUGGUGCUGGCCCUGCUGGGCUGGCGGCCAGGCCACGCGGCUUCUCCCAUCUUGUCCCUUCCAGGUCGCCUCAGCCCCUGACUCCAGCAGAGUCUUCAGCGCAUCCCGGGACAAGACAGCGAUGAUGUGGGAGCUCCAGGGGGCCCCGGGACCAAGCCAGCGCUUCGCAGCGCAUGACCUGGUUGUGACGGGCCUGGCCGCGAGCCGGGAUGCCGCCCAGCUGUGCACGGGCUCUCGGGACAACGCCGUGUGCACGUGGGACACGGAGACCGGGCGGUGUCUGCGCAGAGCCGUCACCCGCAGGAACCUGGUCACACAUCUGUGCUGGGUGCCUGGGGAGCCUUAUGUCAUCCAGACCUCAGAGGAUAAAACAGUCAGGCUGUGGGACCUGCGGCAGCUGGAGGUGGCUCACAGCUUCCCCGCCAAGCAGCACAUCCAGACCUGCUGCGACGUGAGCCCCGACGGGCGGCUCUGCCUGAGCACCAGCAGCGGCACCGCGGGCGAGGGCUGCGAGGCCACGCUGUGGGACCUGCGGCAGACGAGGAGCCACCUGUGUGAGUACAAAGGGCACUUCCAGACCACGACCUCGGGCGUUUUCCUGCCGUGGGGCCCCACGCUCGCCCCCAGCAUCGCCACGGCCUCGCUUGACAGCACCGUGAAGGUCUGGGACCGAGACACUGCAGCCUGCCUGGCCACGCUGUACCUGGAUGGAGCAGGACCGUUGUCCUCGCUGGCUGCCUGUGACAGCUCCACGCUGCUCUGUGCCACUUCCAGCUCGGGGAUCCACGUCCUGCGGCUGCGUGAGGGUGCGGAGCCAGUGCUGGAGGAGGUGGGGGUGUUCUGACCACAGCCUUUCCAGCAGAGAGCAGGUGGCUCCCCAAGCACCACUCUGCGCCUGCAGAGCUGCCACGUGUGAUCAGCGGGGAUAGGACCCAAGGGUUUCAGCUUGUGGGUGGGGAAGGCACUGGAGCUGCCUGGAACAGCCACGCCAUGGAUGCGAUCAGGCCAAGGUCUUGUUCCUGAGGGAGCCUCGUGUGUUACUGACAAACCUCCCGCCAGGCAG